CGACGGCUUUUUGGGGAAGCUUUGGUUGUUUUUAAAUAUAUAUAUAAAUGUCACGUGAUACUGGUAGGAACCUCCUGGUUACACCAGCCCACUGGGGAUUAUUGUGUCCGUCCGUCCGUCGUGGAUCCAAAAACGGGAGAGCUCCCGGGCCUAGAGAGAGAGAGAGAGGGGAGGAGGCGAGGCUUUACGGCAGAGAGAGUGGGGCGGGGGGAUGGUGUGUGGUGGUGCGGUGCAUGACCGAGUCGUCAUGCAUCGCUCCGCCACCCGCCGCCUUCCCCUCUUGGUCGUCGGCGAGCCGCUCUGAGGAAUCGGCCGACAAUUAUCGGCGGUGCAUUCUGACUCGGCGGUUCACGCGGAAAGGACUUCACGCAAGGGCACCACGUGCAGCGUGCGAGGGUGGCAGCUUCAGUCGAGUUUUCUACGUGGCCGAGGGGGUGCAGCGGGCGAGUGGGCGAUGGUGUUCUUCAGCAGCGCUCUCGGGAGGAUUCUCAGUAAAGUUCCCGGAGAGAAGAGGCUGGGUGUCUAUCGGUUCCUGCCCGUGUUCUUCGUGAUUGGCGGUGCCAUGGAGUGGAUCAUGAUUAACAUGAGAGUCGGCAGAGAGACCUUCUACGACGUCUACAGACGCAAGCAGUCGGAACGCCGUUACCAGCAGCGCCUCGCCGAGACCUCGCAGUCCAGCGGUUCCGACUAAGAGUCUCGCCUUUCUCGAACAGACGAAUCGACCCGGUCACCACCCCACCCGUCACUCCGUCUCCAUCCCCCCUUCCCGCCUGUUGUUGCUGCUGCCGCCGCUGCUGCCACCAGACCGGCUUGCGCUGCUUGCGUAGAAGCUACGGGCGCAACG